GUACUUACAUUAAAAGAAAUGGUCUGCGAAGCAGCAGAACGGUAAGAAGAAAAAAAUCCCAAAUAAAUCGAAAAAAUACGAACCGCUCAUUUCGUCACCUGAUAGAAACAAAGCAAACGGUCUUCCCACUCCCUGUGCAAGUUAACAAUCCCAGCGCACACCAUAACUUCCGUUUAGACUCUCUCUCUCUCUCUCUCUCUCUCUGUACAGUCAAAUGGAGUCUCGUGUGCUAACCGGCGCCCCCGCCAUUCGUGGCUUACCAUUUAUUCGGAAGCCGGCGGCGAGGUUCACCGCAAGCUGCGGUGCCCCUGCCUUGAAGUCCACAGGAACCUUCAAUGAUGGCGGGAACUUGAUUUGGGGGAAUCAGCUCCGUCCAGCUAUUCUGCUUGAAGCUUCCGCUGCGGCCGUGGUUUCUCCGGUGACUAAAAGGGAGUAUUUACCUCCAUGCCCGGCUGCGGCUUCUUCGUCGGCCGAGGGAAGCGAUUCAUCCGGGCCGGUCGGUUUCUUCCAGAAAUACCCGGCUAUUGUCACCGGGUUCUUCUUCUUCAUGUGGUACUUCCUGAACGUAAUUUUCAACAUUCUCAACAAGAAGAUCUACAACUACUUCCCCUAUCCUUAUUUUGUAUCGGUUAUUCAUUUGUUCGUUGGUGUUGCUUACUGCUUGGUUAGCUGGGUUGUGGGACUUCCCAAGCGAGCUCCAAUUGACUCAAACCUCUUGAAGCUGCUCAUCCCAGUAGCUGUGUGCCAUGCUUUAGGCCAUGUAACCAGCAAUGUCUCGUUUGCUGCUGUUGCUGUCUCGUUCACUCACACAGUUAAAGCUCUUGAGCCUUUCUUCAAUGCUGCUGCUUCACAGUUCAUACUUGGCCAACAAAUACCUUUCACAUUAUGGUUGUCACUGGCACCAGUUGUUAUUGGUGUAUCGAUGGCAUCAAUGACUGAGCUGUCUUUCAACUGGACUGGCUUCAUUAGUGCUAUGAUUUCCAAUAUCUCCUUCACUUACAGGAGCAUAUAUUCAAAGAAAGCUAUGACCGAUAUGGAUAGCACUAACCUAUACGCCUACAUUUCUAUCAUCGCGCUCAUCGUUUGUAUUCCUCCUGCCAUUAUCAUCGAGGGACCUCAACUACUAAAGCACGGGUUUAGUGAUGCAAUUGCUAAAGUGGGUUUAACAAAGUUCGUCUCAGAUCUUUUCUGGGUUGGAAUGUUUUAUCACCUCUACAAUCAGCUAGCAACAAACACCCUUGAGAGAGUGGCACCCCUCACACAUGCAGUUGGCAAUGUGUUGAAACGUGUUUUUGUGAUUGGCUUCACGAUUCUAGUCUUUGGAAACAAGAUUUCACUGCAAACUGGUAUUGGUACUUCCAUUGCAAUUGCUGGAGUUGCAAUGUACUCCUUCAUUAAGGCCAAGAUUGAAGAAGAGAAACAACAACUGAAAAAAGCAUGAGAGCAGAGGCAGGAACGUGGAAGAAAUCUCAGUGUACAUUUCAAUAUUCUUACGAGACAAUUAGUUCCUUUUCUCCGUUGUGUUGUUCUUCGAUCAAUUUUCUUGAAUUUCGUAUAAUUCAUGAUAAUUUCAAGUCACUUGGUGAUGUAUGGAAUAAUGUAUAAUUUUUGGAGAUCAACGUUUUGAUCCCUACCUUUGAAAAUUUAUAUGAGGUUAAAAAUGUAUUACUAUUUAUAA